AACACCCUCAGGGCCAGAGGAGCCCUGCCUGCUGAAGAUGCUGCGUAACGCUCACAUUGGAGAUCGGUGAGCACCUUGUUAACAUCAAGAAGAACGGUCGUCAUGUUCCCAGCAGCCCAGUUGCUGUUAUGACCAACAGUCAGAGAUUGGUGAUGUGAGCCGUGUGCGUGUGAGUGGACCGGGCUGAGCGAGGCCAGGACUUUUGAGCCUACAGAGUUCUACAUUGACACUCGUCAUGCAGUCUCAUCUUUUUUAUAUUAGGCUGCGGUGGCUUGAGUCUUUCCAUUGAAGUGGAAACAAACACUGAGGACCAACAGGAUGGCACCUGCAAGGUCACCUGCUGCCCCACUGAACCAGGAAAUGACAUCAUCAACAGAAGUGAUUUCACAGUGAAAGUAACAGGGGAGGGCAGAAUGAAGGCGAGCAUCACCAGACAGAGGACAGCAACAUCAGUUGCAAACGCUGACAGCCAGUGUGACCUCAGCCUCAAGAUCCCAGGUCGUAUCAGGAACAAGGCUGGAGUGGACGAUAGCGCAGCCGAUGUCGUCCUGUCCCUUAACAUAAUUUCUGCCAAGAACAUCGAGUCAUCCCACAACAACAACAGGGCACCGACGCAAGGGGAGCUGUGGUGGCAUUGCAUGACGGGUGCAGAACGCAAGCUGGGCUGGGAUGUGAUUGGCCCAGUGGAAGGACAAGAGGAUGGGAGGCUCUUCCUCGUCUGCUGAAGACGAGGCUGGCGUGGACUCCGCUCUAAAGAAGGAAUUCCUGGCCUGCUGGUGGACCCAUGAUGAACAUGUGGCAUAAUUAUAUCAGGGGGUUUUAGGGAGUGUAGAAAAUGGUAGUUUUACAGGUUUUAGAAUUAUUUUAUUUAGUUUUAGUAGAUUGACAACAUUUUAUUAUGUACAUUUUAAGGGUGUUUUUAUUUGUGCUCCCUGGCCUAGAAAAAAACAGUUUCCGAUCAGACCUGCUUCAUCUCUGUGCCCUUGGUAUCUGACUCGCUUGCUCCCCCUUGUAUUUUAAAGAAUCUUUCUUUUUAGCACGACAUUCUGGCGCGACCGCUUUAAUGUCUGCGUGUUACAGUUGCACGACCUUUUCCAUUUUCGCUGCCCGUUACUUUGCUUCAUUGUCUCUGUUGCCUGACUCUUUGUGCUUCUUUUUUUUUCUGUGCGCUCUCUUUCUUCCUCAGGUUUUCUAUUGAUAAGGAUAUUGAUAGGUACCAGAGAACAUAAAGCUCCUUCACUGAAAGACUUUUAUGCUUCUCAUUAGUCCCAUAGGCUCAUAGAAAUAAGCUCUCCAGUUUGUGUGUGCUUGUGUGUUGCAUAAGAUCUGUCUUCAUUCAUGCCUGUUGUUAUUACACCUCCAAACCAGUAAAGGCAAUCUUUGGAGGCAACACCCUUUUUAGUACUUUUCUGUAUUUGUUUGUGAUUGUGACACUGAACCACAGUGCUAUGUAUAUCCUCUGUAACACUCAGAUGUUUCCAGAUCAGUGUUUUCACCCUCAGCUGUUUCUCACUAUAGAGUCUUACCUCAGUGCCAAUGAGGCACCAGCAGAGCAUAUCUGGCCCCCAUCUGUGGCUGAUAGUGCCCCCUGCUGUUAAUAACAGGAACAGUGUAACCUUGUAUAGAGCUCAUAGUGAUGGUCUUAAGAUUGCUGCUGCAAGGCAGUCAUUUGUAUCCAUGUGUGCUGUAUAUUCUGAGCAUAUGCAGUUAUGUGAGCUCUCAGGUUUUAUGUAUCAUGACAUAAUUUAAAAAAAAAAAAAAAUUCAGGUCCUUAUUAAAUGGCCUGUAAUGGCCUGUAUUUAUAUAGUGCUUUUUUACGCUUUAUUAGGUCUCAAUAUGAGGUAAAUGCAACCUCAGAUGAACAACACACAACACAUUAUUACAUGUCAUUAUUUAUUUAACAAACACUGAGCCUAAAUUCAGAUGUUUAAAAAACUAAGUACAUCCAAGACUAUUUCUGUUAAGUCUAAUUGUCGAAUGUUGUCAUUGUGUUUCUUAAAUUUGGAAAGUCUUAGUUCAAUCUAUAGGAUCAAGACAUUCCUUUGUCUCUGACCACCUCUCCAGCCACUCUGUGCUGGGGGAGGUUUUAUUGUAGAUACAUCCUAUCUGAAAGACCAGUUUCUUGUGUGGUACGCUUCCUGCUUUUAUGACCCUUUUGGUCAGCAGGAGGUCACACAAAUGCCACCCAAACACACACACACACACACGUUCUUGCACAUGCAUACAGGUGUUUACACAUACACACACAUAGUGCCUUGUCUUAGAGCCAUUUGGGGGUUUUACGUUGGGAGGUGCUUUUGCUGUGAUGUGUAUUGUGUGAACUAUUUUUUUCCAAUAAAAGGCAGCGAGCGGAGGCCAGAGUCGGGGUCAUUUUGUGGUAGGAUUCGAGGUGCG